AUGAAAUCAGAAGCAUCUGAAACGAACUACGAUUGGCUUGAUCUCGGCACGGAACCUUUUCGGAAGGGUUCCCGUCUCGGCAAAGACCCUGAAGCAACAACUUCACUUUCAGCUGCAAAACGAGUGAGGAAGAAGGGGGCUAAAGCAGCUUUGAUCUUGGAAGCAUCCGGACCAGACCCCAUCUCGGCAUUCGCAUUCUCCUCUCUCGAAGAACUCCUCCAGCUAACGAGGUUUCCAUCAGCAUCCCGGCGAAAGUUGGCCAAACUUGUUUUGUCCCCUCCAUCUCGGCAAGCUUAUCAUAGAGUACAACAAUUAUCCAUCUCGACGUACCUUUGCGGCACCAGAACAGGCGGACUGCAAAGUCAAACUAAACUCGGUGAAGAUGAAAACCCUAUCAUUCAUCCCGUUGAAGUCGAAAACGGUCGCGUCAACACGAACAAUGGUCGCGUCAACCCUCUAUUGGUCCCAGGCGCAGAAGCUCCAGUCACCAACGCCGCGACUACCGCGCCCAUGCAAGAUUUCGCUGUUCGAAUCGCCGCGACGCAAGCUCCACAUCACCAAAGGCGGACGAGUUAUCCCUACUGGACGAACCCUUUUCCAGACGACGAUAAGAAGUAUCACGGCAACAGGCUCUAA